AUGGACGCCAUGGAAUCAUGCGUCCCUCCUGGGUUCAGGUUCCACCCCACCGACGAGGAGCUCGUCGGCUACUACCUUCGCAAGAAGGUCGCCUCCCAGAAGAUCGACCUCGACGUCAUCCGCGACAUCGAUCUCUACCGCAUCGAGCCCUGGGAUCUCCAAGAGCACUGUGGGAUCGGGUACGAGGAGCAGAGCGAGUGGUACUUUUUCAGCUACAAGGACCGGAAGUACCCGACGGGGACGAGGACGAACAGGGCGACAAUGGCGGGGUUCUGGAAGGCGACGGGGAGGGACAAGGCGGUGCACGACAAGAGCCGGCUCAUCGGCAUGAGGAAGACGCUCGUCUUCUACAAGGGCAGGGCGCCCAACGGACAGAAGAGCGACUGGAUCAUGCACGAGUACCGCCUCGAGACCGACGAGAACGCUCCGCCGCAGGAGGAAGGAUGGGUGGUGUGCCGGGCGUUCAAGAAGAGGACGGCGUACCCGGCGAGGAGCAUGGUGGAGACGUGGGACGCCAACUACUCCCUGCACGAGCGCAACAUCAUGAGCGCCGCGGCGGCGUUCGUCGAUCCGAGCGCAGCGUACGCGGCGGCGGCGCAGGUGAGGCGGCAGCAGUCCGCCAAGAGCGGGCGCUUCAAGCAGGAGGCGGAGCAGCUGGACGGCGCCGCCGCCGCGCUCCUCCACUACUCGAGCCACCUCGCCGAGCUGCCGCAGCUCGAAAGCCCCUCCGCGGUGGCGCCGCCGGCUCCGCUCCCGCCCAACCCGAGCCAACUGGCCACCGCCGCCGAGGACGACGACGAGGGCGAUAACAACGGCCGGAGGGCCAGCAAGAAACCGCGUGGCACCGGCGCCAAGGUGACCACUGACUGGAGAGCGCUCGACAAGUUCGUCGCGUCGCAGCUUAGCCCCGUGGAGGCCGCGCCGGAAGCGCCGGCGGCGGCGGCAGCAGCCGGCGUGGGCUCUCAGCUGGACAACGGCGAGGACGACAUGGCAGCAUUGCUGUUUCUCAACAGCGACGAGAGGGACGAGGUGGACAGGUGGACGGGGUUGCUCGGCUCGGCCGGCGGCGAUGGCGACCUCGGAAUCUGCGUGUUCGACAAAUAA